UUUUUAUUUUUCAUCAUUAGAAAUCACGAUCAUGUUGUUUUUUUAUAACGUCUUCAAAACGUCUUAAAAAAUUUUUCCACUACAGCUGUAUAUUGUCCUUGGGAAAAUUUCUUCUGUAGAGAAUUUUUGUUUUGUAUUCUAUUUACUCUGUUUCCCUUGUGAACUAGCGCCACCUACAUUUUUCUUUAUAGUUAUAUUGUUUUUAUUUGUUUACAUUUUCUACAGCAUUUCUAGUGUUUCCACAAGUUAUGAUCUUGUAUAUGUGAUAAAACGAUUAAAUAUUUACAAAUUUUGCGGUCACUACAUAAAUUUAUAUAUUUAUCGAAAAUAUGGAUAAGGAAAUUCAUUUGAUCGGAAAACCCAUGCAAAAAAUUUCAGAACGUAAGUUGCCAACAGUGAAAGAGGUUAUGAGUGUUUUUUUUUAUCAGCUCAAAGUGUUAAAAUGUUCUAUCAAACAAAGUGCUAAAAAUGCAACUGAUCAAGUUAUUGAACUAUGGAAAAACAACCAGAUUCCGACUAGUGGAUCAACUAAUGUAAUACAAAAAAUUCUUCGCUAUCAUAACCGAUGGUUGAAAUUGCAAAAAUCUUUUGUGCGAAAAAAAUCAUCAGCCCAAAACAAAAAUGUAAUAAUAUUUCAGAAUGAAAUCAAAGCAUUAUUUGAUAUUGUAGAUCAUAAAUCAAUAAAACUGCUUGAUAAUGAUAUUCGUGAACUAUAUUCAAAUCAAAAAAGUGAUACCCGGAAAGAAAUUCUUUCAAAUAACCCAAAUAAAUUAAACAGUACUAUGAAUACGAUGGAAGUAGAUGAAAGUCAUUUGAAUCAACCCUCAACCAGCCAUGAGAUUGUUCGAAGUGAGGAAUCAGAGUCAUCUUCAACCCUUACAUUAAGUCAAGCUACAAAUUUCGGUUCAGAUUUAGAGUAUGUGCCUCAAAUACCGACAACACGAGCAAAAAUAAAUAUUCUAACUCCAGAGCUUAUCUCAGCACUCGACAGAGCUAAUGUUAGUAGUAGAAAUGCGAUGUUCAUUAUUGCUCCAGUUCUAUCAAGUGUUGGUGUUAAUGUAGAAGAUACAACUCUUAGUUAUCGAACAAUUCAACGAACUCGCAUGCUCUUACGAAAAGACAUUGCUAUAGGACUAAAAGAUAACUUCAAAGCUCAUGAUAAAUACGUCGUGCAUUGGGAUGGGAAAAUACUGAAUGACAUUUCUGAAUCGAAAUUUGUGGAUCGAUUACCGAUUAUUUUGACUGCUUUUGGUACUGAGCAGUUACUUGGAGUUCCAAAAAUGAAUAGUGGAUCGGCAGAAAAUCAAACAGCAACCAUCUUGUCAACGUUAAAUCAAUGGGGUAUUAUUAGUUACAUCAAGGCGAUGUGUUUUGACACGACUGCGGUUAAUACGGGAAUCCAUCAUGGUACAUGUAAAGAAAUUGAAAAGGCCUUAGGAAAAGAAUUAAUUUGGUUACCAUGUCGCCAUCAUAUUUAUGAGAUCAUUUUAAGGAGUGCAUUCGAAGUCUAUUGGCCAGUAUCAUCCGGACCAAAUGUUCCAAUAUUUGGCAGAUUCAAAAAAUUUUGGGACACAUUCGAUAAAACGAAGUAUAAAUCUGGUGUUGAAGAUAGUAUUGUUGCUAAUAUUAUUACGAAUGAAAAAAAUAAUCUAUCUUCAUUUAUUAAGCGAUACUUACAGUUAUCGCAACCCCGAGAUGACUAUAAAGAAAUAUUGGAAUUGUCAUUAAUUUUUCUGGGAGAAAUGCCACGAGAGCAAGUUUUCUUCAAGCGUCCUGGUGCAGUUCAUCAUGCAAGAUGGAUGGCAAAGGCAAUUUAUUGCCUAAAAAUGUUUAUUUUUAGAGAUGAAUUUGACCUUUCUAAGAAAGAAUUGGAUGGUCUUCGACAAUUUUGUAUUUUUAUAGUUAUGGUGUAUGUAAAAGCUUGGUUUUCAUCAACUUCUGCGACUUCUGCUGCUAAUCACGACUUAGAGUUUAUGAAAAAUUUAAUUGAGUACAGUAAAAUUAAUUCUUUAAUUUCCUCGGCUACAUGUGAAAAAAUGACUUCACAUUUAUGGUACUUAAGUGAUGAACUUGCUAUUUUAUCACUUUUUGAUGAUACCGUUCCAUUAAACAUAAAGAAGAAUAUUGUCGAAGCUGUUAAGACUCGCGAAGGUACAGAUUCUAAAGCAAGAAGAUUUAUUAUUGAUAGAAAAAAUUUACAUUUAAUUCUGCAAAAAAAUAUAAGUGACUUUGUUUCUAAGAAGUCAUUAAAACUUUUUGAGAUCUUUGAUCUGCCGUAUGAUUUUCUUGACAAAAAUAUUGAUUUAUGGUCUACUGAUGAGAGUUAUAAUGAAAAUAAAGAAUUUUUCGCACAAUUGAAAGUUGUUAAUGAUGUGGCAGAGCGAGGUGUCGCAUUAGUAAGUGAAUAUAACCAAUGCUUAACGAAAGACGAAGAGCAAUUUCAAUUUUAUUGCAAGUUUUGA